UACUGUUUUCGAAAAAGAACGAAAAGCAAUAGGGUAUAAUUGAACGUCUGCUUGUUUGUGUGUACAUAACGCAGUUGUUUAUCCUUCGAGUUUGAAACCCAUGUCAAUGUAGAGUCAUUUUAGUUUGGCUGACGGUGGAGGGCAGCGUUGAGCUUGUUCUUCUACACCAUGACCGGGGAGGAGGAGGAAGUAGAAGAAGAAGAAAAUUAAAAAGUGGAGUUUUCUUUCCGGGGUCAUAAGCCAGACUUCCGUGUUGAUCAGCGAUUCUCAGCAGUACAUUAGCGAGGCCUGAGUUGAUAACGUCAUGUUUGUUUAAAAGAAGAUACCAACGUAAAGAGUGGAGUUCAUGUAAACGUCAGCUGCCUCGACGUACAUUAUUCAGAACAUACCUAAUGGCAGGCUGAUAACAGUUAAGACCAGCUGUUUUUAUCCUUUGGGCCAACGCAUAACACAAUGGCCAGCCACUUCCGAAGCUACAUCUGGGACCCAGUCCUUAUAGUGUCUCAGAUUCUCUUGAUGCAGUGCAUCUACUACAGUUUCUUGGGCUUGUGGAUGGUUGGUGUGGAUAGUUUGGUGCCAACCAGUCAGUCGCUAGACCAGAUCUUCAGCUAUGAAGCCCUUGGUUUUGCAUCAAUGCAAGGGAGACUUUCAAUGAUGGCAUUUAUCUUGAACUCACUCACCUGUGCCCUUGGUCUUUGGUUCUUCGUUCGUCGAGGAAAACAAUGCUUAGACUUCACCGUCACAGUGCAUUUUUUCCACAUGAUUGGCUGCUGGAUUUAUAAUUCCCAUUUCCCUGCUGUCCUCUCCUGGUGGUUGGUCAAUGUUGCCUGCAUGGCCUUGAUGUCAGUCAUAGGAGAGUACCUGUGCAUGCGAACUGAGCUGAGGGCCAUACCAGUCAACACCGGACCUAAGUCUAACCUGUGAGGUCUUGUGGACACCAUAGUGAACAUCUGUGGAUGGUUAAACCUCUAGAAACUGAUGCAGAAAAGAGACUGUUUUACUAUUGGUAAAUGAACAGGAACACAAACCUCCAUUGUUGUAUGUUUAAUGUUGUCAAGAAUCACACUUGAGGACCAUUAAUCGAACUAUUUAUUCUGUGUCCAUUAAAUACCUGACAGUGUUAACUCUGUUGUGUAUUGAGAUCGGUGAGUAAUGCAGACACCAGGUGACACUUUUCAGGAACUAACAACUGCAAGUUUUUGGGGGUUUUUUUUCUGAAAAACUAUAGCCCAUAAUUAUGUACAUUAGUCUAAAUCCCACAUUCCCUUUCCAUUCAAUUUUUUUCAUUUUUAAACUUUUUUAUUGACAAAUAAAAAUAUAAAACGAAUCAGGAGAUGCAUUAACUACAUAGAACUGGGAAAUUGUGCCUACUUUUUAAACCUGCGCAGAUUACCACCAACUAUAUCAUGUUUAGUAUUUACUGAUACAACUUCAGAAGUUCUAUGAUUAGAUGUUAAGACAUUGUGGGUAUGCCAUAAGUCAGGUUUGUAAUUUUGAAUUAAGGUCUAUAGAGCUACAGAGUCGACCUCUGUUGGUCGGUAGUGGUACUGCUACCAAAGCUAAUUUUCAAAUAUGAGAGCCAAAAAGAGAUGUCAAUCCUUUAGAUUGUGUAUAUAAUGUAAUAGUGAGGACACUGGCACUCACUGUCAGUUCUGUAGUAUCUUUCCUGCAGUGCUGUUACAUUAGUUCUGUGUCAAUAGAGAUGGUUAAUACAAGCUGAGAAAAAAAUUAUACCUUGAUUUUCUUUUUGUGGAUAUCUGCACAUACACACGAACAUUCGUUUAAACAAGCUUGUGUAUGAAAUCAGCUCUCACCACAACCAUUGACUACAUGUACAUUACACUUUAUUUUUUCCUCUUGGGCUAUGGUUCAUUCUCUUUGUCUCCAUGUCAGUGUCUUUAGCCCUUUUUAACAGUCUUUUUAGGGGUGUUGUUUUUUUCUUUUAGUAAGGACUGUUUGCAGAAAACAUGGCUACAUUGUUACCAUCAUCCACUGAUUGUUGACUUGUUAAAAG